AUCGAUACUGAAUUUGUACAGUCAUAUCUAUACUUAAAAUAUACCUUACAGUUGCUUUAAAAUGUUAAGGCACGUAGUCACUGUACCUCGAUGUAUUUAGGGCUAUUGUGUAGUUUGGAGAUUGGGUUUUAAAGUGUUAUUUGUGGGAAGUGCUCACCUGUCGAGCUGGUAUCGCUUGAGUUAGUCACUCCCAUCGUGCCGCGAGUCUCCGGAAAUAUCUCUCUCGUCUCACAGAGGUGGAAGUGUGAGAAGAAACGUCUGUAGAUAUUUAUUCUCCUGGUGGUCUCUCAGAAAUGGAUUCUAUGGAUCGAGGAAUGCGUUACACUCCCGGCACUUCGGAUAAGGACUGGGAACAAGCUGUCACAUUCUUGCCGGCAUCGGAUAAUAAAAAGCUGGAGAAGAAGAGGGGCCCUGGGAAAGUUGGGAUCAUUGUUGCUCUGGUGAUCUUUGCAGCCAUUUUGGCUUUGAUCAUAGGGCUUCUGGUCUGGCAUUUCCACUUCCGGAAGGAUUUGAAGUCACAGAGGAUUUACACCGGUUCGCUUAGGAUAACAAAUCAAGCUUUUGUGGAUGCAUAUGAAAACCCGGACAGUGCAGAGUUUAAAGACUUGGCAAACCAAGUCAUGGCUCAGCUAAAAUCUAUGUACUCAGAAUCUCCACAACUGUCAAAAUAUUACGUUGGUUCCAAAGUUCAAGCCUUCAGUGUCAAUCUUUCAUUAACAGCUCUGGACACACGUUUGUUCUCAAAAACCAGGACAAAUAUAAAAUACGCCCAGCACGCCAAGAGUUCUGCUGAAGAGAUCAUUACAUCACCAGGUUUCCCUGACAAACCUUAUGCUCCAAACUCCUUUGUGCAGUGGCAGCUUCGAGGAGACCCAGGCCACAUGCUAAAGUUGUCUUUUGACACCUUCAACCUGGAAGAAGACUGUUCAAAUGACUUUGUGAGAGUGUAUGACUCAUUGGUCGCCAUGGACAAACACCUAAUGGAAGAGGAGUGUGGCUUUUAUUCUCCCAGUAAUCCCUUAACUUUCAUCUCAUCCCGGAAUGUUAUGCUGGUCACCUUGGUAACCAACGAAGAAGGGAAUUUUCCAGGUUUCAGAGCCCGUGUCACUCAGAUCAGUCAAGAUAGCAGCGAACUUGCAUGUGGUGGUAAAUUGAGUGGAACCUCUGGUAGUUUUAAAUCACCCAACUUCCCCAGUUAUUACCCACCCAACACCACAUGUCAGUGGGACAUUGAGGUUCCUGAUGGUAAAUACGUCAAGUUAAGGUUCCCCAAGUUCAUGGUUUCUACAGGAAGUCUGAAUCAUUGCUCCGGAGAUUAUGUACAGAUUGUUGGUAAAAGCACAUUGUGUGGGCAGCAGCUUGCUAAUACCAUGGUUACCGUCAACAGUAACAAGAUGACUGUUGUGUUCAAAUCGGAUUCAUCACAAGUAGAUCGAGGUUUUAGUGCCACUUAUGAGAUCUUUGAGCCCACUGACCCCUGCCCAGAUAAGUUCCAGUGUGACAACAAACGCUGUGUAAACCCAUCUUUGCGCUGUGACGGCUGGAACGAUUGUGGUGACAGCACAGACGAGAGGAGCUGCAAAUGUGAUGCCAGCAUGAUCCAGUGCAGAAACGGGAUCUGUAAGCCGAUGUUAUGGCGGUGUGAUGGUGUAAAUGACUGUGGAGAUGAUACAGAUGAACUUAAUUGUGGCUGUAAGACUGGAGAAUUUAAAUGCAACGACAAUCAGUGUGUCUCAGAGAUGAAGAAGUGUGACAGGAAUCGUGACUGUAAAGAUGGCUCCGAUGAAGACGGCUGUUCAAGAGAGAUUUGUAAAGACUCAACGUUUAUGUGCGGUAAUGGCAAAUGCAUAACCAAACCGAACCCUAUGUGUGAUGGGCAAGAUGACUGCGACGACGGCUCAGACGAGUCCAACUGCAACUGUGGUAAGAGGGCUUACACAAAGUCUCGAAUUGUGGGUGGGCAGGAAGCGGAUGUGGGCGAGUUCCCAUGGCAGGUCAGCCUGCACGUUAAAAACACAGCACAUGUUUGCGGUGCAUCAAUCAUCAGUGAACGAUGGCUUGUGACGGCUGCCCACUGCGUACAAGAUGAUCCAAAAAUCAAAUAUUCUCAGCCGGGCACAUGGGAAGCAUACUUGGGUCUCCAUACACAAAAAGAGAAACAGAAGGCAACAAAGAAAUUGCUAAAACAAAUCAUUCCUCACAAGAACUACAACUCCCACACCUAUGACAAUGACAUCGCUCUGAUGGAGCUGGACUCACCCGUGACCUUCAGUGCGACCAUUCGACCCAUUUGCUUGCCCACUGCCACUGACGUCUUCCCCGCUGGUGAAACGGUCUCUAUCUCCGGCUGGGGUGCCACUAGAGAAGGGGGCUCUGGAGCGACUGUGCUGCAGAAGGCGAAUGUUCGCAUCAUCAACAGCACGGUGUGUGACGAACUAAUGAAUGGUCAGAUCACAUCUCGCAUGACGUGUGCUGGCGUUCUGUCAGGAGGAGUGGAUGCUUGCCAGGGUGAUUCUGGUGGUCCUAUGUCCAUUUUAUCAAAUGAGCGUAUGUACCUGGCGGGAGUGGUGAGCUGGGGUGAUGGUUGUGCUCGCAGAGACAAGCCUGGCAUCUACACAAACAUGCCAAAAUUCAGGGCCUGGAUCAAGGAGAAGACAGGAGUAUAAGUUGCUCGAAGAUUAUAAUGAACUGUGAGAAGUUUUAUGAACUGGUCGCAAAUGUUUUAAUAGCAUACAUGGAAUAAGCCAGCAUAGCCUGGCUGAAGAGAGGGAUGGACUUUUGACCUGUUUUUUGUCUAAUAGUUGUUUUAUAUGUUUGUAUAUUUUAUGAGAGCGGUAUAAGGGUUUUAUUCUGUCUUAAGGUGUGUAAAUAAAUGUCCUAUUUUCUCCUUUUAAA